AUGGAAGCGGGCACGAAGAAGUUCACGGUGCGGAGGUUGUUCUCCGCCUACCUCCGCGGGAAAUCGCGCUCCAAGAGCUCCAGCUUCGCGCGGUUCGAGGAAGAAGGUAUUGUGAAGGAAAUAGACAUCAGCCACCACGUGAAGGAAGGGUUUGAGAAGGCUGACCCAUCACAGUUUGAGUUCCUGAAGGUAUUAGGGCAAGGCUCCUAUGGCAAGGUGUUUCUGGUGAGGAAGAUCAAAGGAUCUGAUUCCGGGCAGCUUUAUGCCAUGAAAGUCCUUAAGAAAGCCACCCUGAAAGUCCGGGACCGGGUACGAUCGAAAAUGGAGAGAGACAUUUUGGCGGAAGUGAAUCACCCGUUCAUUGUCAAGCUUCAUUAUGCCUUUCAGACAGAAGGGAAACUCUAUCUGAUAUUAGACUUCCUACGAGGAGGGGACCUGUUCACCAGACUCUCCAAAGAGGUGAUGUUCACCGAGGAGGAUGUCAAGUUCUACCUAGCGGAACUGGCUUUAGCUUUAGACCAUCUUCACGGUCUGGGAAUCAUUUACCGGGAUCUCAAGCCUGAAAACAUCCUCCUGGAUGAAGAGGGACACAUUAAGAUUACAGAUUUCGGCCUGAGUAAGGAGGCCAUUGACCAUGACAAGAGAGCGUAUUCGUUCUGUGGAACAAUUGAAUACAUGGCUCCCGAGGUGGUCAACCGAAGAGGUCACACGCAGAGUGCAGACUGGUGGUCCUUUGGCGUGCUGAUGUUUGAGAUGCUGACGGGAUCACUGCCGUUUCAGGGGAAGGACAGAAAGGAGACAAUGGCGCUCAUCCUCAAGGCCAAACUAGGGAUGCCUCAGUUCCUGAGCCUCGAAGCCCAGAGUUUGCUGCGAGCACUCUUCAAGAGGAACCCCGCCAACCGCCUAGGUGCUGGACUUGAUGGAGUGGAAGAAAUUAAGCGACAUCCAUUCUUUAUUACCAUAGACUGGAAUAAGCUGUACCGGAAAGAGAUCAAGCCACCCUUCAAACCGGCCGUCGGGAGGCCUGAAGACACCUUUCAUUUCGAUCCUGAAUUCACAUCCCGGACCCCUACAGAUUCUCCUGGAGUCCCUCCGAGUGCCAACGCUCACCAUCUGUUUAGAGGAUUCAGUUUUGUGGCCUCGAGCUUGGUACAGGAGCCCUCCCAACCCGAUCUGCACAGAGCCAGCGUCCACCCAAUCGUGCAGCAACUACAUGGGAACAACAUCCACUUUACGGAUGGCUAUGAGAUCAAGGAGGACAUUGGUAUCGGCGCCUAUUCAGUGUGCAAGCGAUGUGUGCAUAAAGCUACUGACGCCGAGUACGCCGUGAAGAUCAUUGAGAAGAGCAAACGUGACCCUUCUGAAGAAAUUGAGAUUCUCUUGCGAUACGGACAGCAUCCAAAUAUCAUCACUCUAAAGGAUGUCUACGAUGACGGCAAGUACGUGUACCUCGUGAUGGAGCUGAUGCGGGGGGGCGAACUCUUGGACCGAAUCCUGCGGCAGAAGUACUUCUCCGAGAGAGAGGCCAGCGCCGUGCUCUGCACCAUCACAAAGACUGUGGACUAUCUGCAUUCCCAGGGGGUCGUCCACCGAGAUCUGAAGCCCAGUAAUAUCCUGUACACGGAUGAGUCAGGAAACCCAGACUCCAUCAGGAUCUGUGACUUUGGAUUUGCCAAGCAACUGAGAGCCGAGAACGGGCUGCUGAUGACACCCUGCUACACGGCUAACUUCGUGGCUCCAGAGGUGCUGAAACGGCAAGGCUACGACGCAGCUUGUGAUGUCUGGAGUUUGGGCAUACUGCUGUACACCAUGCUGGCAGGAUUCACCCCAUUUGCAAAUGGACCUGAUGACACACCCGAGGAGAUCCUGGGGAGGAUUGGCAGUGGGAAAUACCCCCUUUCUGGGGGAAAUUGGGAUUCGGUGUCGGAUGCUGCCAAGGAUGUUGUGUCCAAGAUGCUCUAUGUGGAUCCCCAUCAGCGUCUAACGGCCGUCCAAGUUCUGAAACACCCGUGGAUCGUCAACGGAGACUACCUGUCUCAGAGCCAGCUCAGUCGGCAGGAUGUCCACCUGGUGAAGGGUGCCAUGGCCGCAACCUAUUUCGCUUUAAACCAAACCCCUCAGGCUCCGAGGCUGGAGCCCGUGUUGUCCUCCAACUUGGCUCAGCGGAGGGGCAUGAAGAGACUGACCUCCACGAGGUUGUAGCAGGUGAGCGGA